CGUGACCGUGACCAGCAGCCAGGAAGAAGACGCGCCUCGCAGGGCGUGGUGUGAUCCAGGGAGGCCCGGACUGGAGCUCGGCUGCCCGGCCGCCGCCGCCGCUGCUGCUGGCUGCCUGGCUAGCUGCUCAGAAGAUGGCUGCACUGGGGAUUUUCAGGCCACCGUCUGGAAGCACGCAGCCGUGUGAGAUGCUCGGCCGCGACUAGCCGCCAGCCCCCGGUGGUUCCGUCGGUGAGAAGCGGGCCAUGGGGUCCCAGACCCUGCAGAUCCUCCGACAGGGGGUCUGGGCUUCGGUCACAGGCGGAUGGUACUACGACCCCGACCAGAACACGUUCGUCAACGCGCUGCACCUCUACAUCUGGCUCUUUCUGCUAUGCUUCCCCUUCACGCUGUACAUGGCCCUGCCGCCAACCAUGGUGAUCGUGGGAAUCUACUGUGGUGUGAUCGCUGCCAUGUUCCUGCUGCUGAAGACGGUGAAUUACCGCCUCCACCACGCCCUGGAUGAGGGGGAGGUGGUGGAGCACCAGGCCAAGGAGAGUCAGGGGAGCAAAGGUGGCACGGAGGGGGCAAAUGACGCAGGCGGCACCCGCCGGCAGGACAGCAACGGCCCGGGGGACCCUGGUGGGGGCAUCGAGAUGGCAGACUUCAUCCGACAAGAGACUCCGCCAGUGGACUGCAGCUCCAGGAACUCCUACAUCGGGAUGGAGCUAAACCAGCAGACACACGGAAGAGCAACAGUUGCCAAAGGAGACGUGGGAAAGACCUCAGAUGACAUCAGUUUGACCCUCAUCGAGAGCUGCAGCCACGAUCAUGAUCUGCUCUCCGACACGAAGAUGUACUGCCUUGUUCCCAACGACUCCUUCGCCUCCUUGCAGCCAUCAACCUCCUUGUGUCCUUCGGAGCUGUCCCGGGAGGCUGCUGAUCUCUGUAACUCUGCUGCUUAUCACUUCAGCCUGUCGCACUCGUCCUGCGACGCGGAGGCGAGCGCUCACGCCUCCCUGCAGUCCCAGGCCUACAGGAAGGAGCUCCGGUCCCGAGGCCUGCCCAGGACCUCCAGCUCGGCCGGCUCCGCGUUCCCUGACCCCUGCCUGCCGGACUUUGCUCUUUAUCCUCCGCCCAGGAGAGGCGGCCUCGACCCCGUGUGUGAACUGGAGACGGCCAGGUCGCUCAGGGCGGGGGCGUCCGACAAAGACGGGGCGGAGCGGCUGUACCAUCAGGACCCGGCCGUGCCCUCCACCUCCGGGCUGGAGUGUUACCGGCACAAAGAGCCGCGCAGAGUGGCCCGCUCGGCCUCCAGGGAGGCGGGGGAGGGCAGCUCGGGACUGUACCAGGUGGAGGCGGGCGGCAGCGGGAAAGGGGCUGGCGGGGGGAGGAAGUCCCACCGAGGGGAGCGGAGCGCCGACAGCCUGAGGAGUUUGAGCACGCGCAGCAGCGGCUCCACCGAGAGCUACUGCAGCGGCACGGACAGAGACACCAACAGCACUGUGAGCAGCUUCCACAGCGAACAGACCAGCUCCACGCACGUGGAGAGCCUGCUCUCACUUUCGGGGGACGAGCGCACGCGGGACAGAGGCGAGGCGGCCCCCGCGCCUGCGGACGGGCGGACUCCCAGCCUGGGCAGCGUCAGCUCCCGAGGGCUCGGCAGCCUUCCCCCCAGGGAGGCCAAUAAAAACCCUCACGCCAACGAGCUGACCGCUAAACAGGCUGCUGACGCCACGUCCCCUGCAAACCAAGAGCCGGCGGAGGCGGGCAGGUGCCCGGACGAGCCCGGCGUCCGGACCAACGCCGACGGCUCCACGGGCGCCGCCGCCGAGCAGGAGCCGGCGAAAGACGACGCGCUACCAAAGUCGGCUAACAACGUUCAGAGGACUUCCUCUCUGUCGGCGGGACGCAGCGGACGGCGGCGGACUGGCAAGAAACGGGCGAGCAGCUUCGACGCCAGCCGUCACCGGGACUACGUGUCCCUGCGCGGUAUGGCCAAGCCUUGCAGCGCCGUCUUCACCGGGGGCGGAGAGGACGACUCCAGUGAUCAGAGUGAACUCAGCUGUGCCUCCAGUCUCCACUCCACCCACCAUCUCAGCACCGACAGCUCAUCCAGCACCUCCCGCUCCUGCCACUCGCCGGAGGGCAACUUCAGGGCCCUGAAAGCCAAGCACGCCGCGGCCAACGCGCCCUCCUCCUCCUCCUCCUCCACAGCCAAAGCUGAGGCGGGACUUCGGAGCGGAGGGAAGCGCCGCACCUCCCGCCGCACCCCCAGCACGGGCAGCGCCAAAACGCACGCCCGGGUGUUGAGCUUGGACAGCGGGACGGCCGCCUGCCUUAAUGAUCCCAGCCGCCUGGGAGCCCCAGCUGGGCCUCGGCCCCUGACCACCUCCAAGUCGGACUUGGAAGCCAAAGAGGGGGAAGUCCUGGACGCGGCGUCCCUGCUGGGCCGGGCCUCCCAGCUGGAGUCAGUCACCCGCUCCAGAAACAGUUUGCCCAACCAGGCAGCUUUCUCUGAGCCUCAGGAUGCCGCCGCUGCUUCCCUGCGGGCCCCGGGAAAUGAGGAGACGGUCAUAUUUCGCCGUGAACGUAGCACAUUUCGUCGGCAGGCAGUGCGACGGCGACACAACGCAGGGAGUAACCCCACCCCACCCACCUCCCUCAUUGGAUCUCCUCUCAGUCUUCAGGAGGCUCUCAGCCAGGCCUCCCAGCCUUCCGCCUCCCAGACGAAAAGUCAGCCAUCCAGAACCCCGUCCCAGGUGACGGUGCUGAGCGCGAGCGCCUCCCUGCUGGCCAGGAAUGGAAGCACGCACCUGGAGGGUUCUCAGGACAAGGCUUCGACCGUUGGCGCCACCAGCUUGCAGGAUGACUUCGGAAAGCUCACUCCCUCCUUGUACGAGGGUGGAGGGUGUGACAUGUCCCUGGUCAACUUCGAACCUGCGACCAGACGAGCCUCCAACAACAUAUGGGACACCGACUCCCACCUCUCCAGUUCUACCUCAGUUCGCUUUUACCCUCAUGACCUGAUCCGUCUGAACCGUCUGCUGACGAUGGACCCGGAGCUGCUGGAGCAGCAGGACGGAGACCUGAGCCCGGAGCUGCAGGACGCCCCGCUGGGGCACGAGGACGCCGCCGCCUCCGCCGCCGCCGCCGGCAAAGCCAAGCAAUACUACCGCCUGUGGCUUCUCCCCUACCUGUGGGUGGGCCUGCACUUCGACCGGCUCACCCUGCUGGCUCUGUUCGACAGGAACCGGGAGGUUUUGGAGAACGUGCUGGCCGUGGCGCUGGCCGUCCUGGUGGCCUUCCUGGGCUCGGUGCUGCUGGUCCACGGCUUCUUCACCGACAUCUGGGUCUUUCAGUUCUGCCUCGUCAUCGCAAGUUGCCAGUACUCCCUGCUGAAGAGCGUCCAGCCAGACUCCUCCUCGCCUCGACAUGGCCAUAACCGCAUCAUCGCGUACAGCCGGCCGGUCUACUUCUGCCUGUGCUGCGGCCUGAUUUGGCUGCUCCACUAUGGCAGCCUGCGGAGCGCUUCAUCGCGCUUCACCCUGUACGGCGUGGCGCUCACCAGCUCCCUGGUGCUCACCUCUGCCAGGGACCUCGUCAUCGUCUUCACUCUGUGUUUUCCCAUCAUCUUCUUCGUGGGGCUGCUGCCGCAGGUCAACACCUUCGUCAUGUACCUCUUCGAGCAGCUGGACAUCCACGUGUUCGGGGGCAACGCCUCCACGAGCCUCCUGUCGGCGCUGUACAGCGUCCUGCGCAGCGUCGUCACCGUCGCGCUGCUCUACGGCUUCUGCUACGGCGCUCUGAAGGAGACCUGGGAGCCUCACCACAUCCCGGUGCUGUUCUCGGUCUUCUGUGGCCUCCUGGUGGCAGUGUCUUACCACCUCAGCCGGCAGAGCAGCGAUCCGUCCGUGCUGCUCUCGCUGAUCCAGUCGAAGCUCUUACCAAACGUCAGAGACAAGAAUCCAGAGGACCCGCUGUCUGAGGUGCAGGACCCGCUGCCGGAGAAGCUCAGGGCGUCGGUGAACGAGCGUCUGCAGUCGGACCUGAUCGUGUGUGUGGUCAUCGCUGUCCUUUACUUCGCCAUCCACGUCAGCACGGUGUUCAUCGCUCUACAGCCUUUCCUCAGCUACGUCCUGUACGCUCUGCUGGGGACGGUCGGCCUGCUCACCCACUACCUGCUGCCUCAGGUCCGGAAGCAGCUGCCCUGGUACUGCUUCUCUCACCCGCUGCUCAAAACCAAGGAGUACUACCAGUUUGAAGUCAGAGAUGCGGCUCACGUCAUGUGGUUCGAGAAGCUUCACGUUUGGCUGCUGUUUGUGGAGAAGAACGUCCUCUAUCCGCUGGUCAUCCUCAACGAGCUGAGCGGCAGCGCCAGGGAGCUCGCCAGCCCCAAGAGGCUGGACACAGAGGUGGGCGCUCUGAUGAUCACAGUGGCGGGCCUGAAGCUGCUCCGCUCCUCCUACAGCAGUCCCACCUACCAGUACGUCACCAUCCUCUUCACCGUCCUCUUCUUCACCUUCGACUACCGCCACCUGUCGGAGACGCUGCUGCUCGACCUCUUCCUCAUGUCCAUCGUCUUCAGCAAGAUGUGGGAGCUGUUCUACAAGCUGCACUUUGUCUACACCUACAUCGCUCCCUGGCAGAUCACAUGGGGCUCGGCCUUCCACGCCUUCGCUCAGCCCUUCGCUGUGCCUCACUCCGCCAUGCUGUUCGUCCAGGCUGUCGUGUCGGCCAUCUUCUCCACUCCCCUCAACCCUUUCCUGGGCAGCGCCAUCUUCAUCACCUCCUAUGUCCGCCCCGUCAAGUUCUGGGAGAGAGACUACAACACUAAGAGAGUGGAUCACUCCAACACCCGGCUGGCCUCUCAGCUGGACAGAAACCCCGGCUCUGACGACAACAACCUGAACUCCAUCUUCUACGAGCACCUGACGCGCUCGCUGCAGCACAGCCUGUGCGGAGACCUCCUGCUGGGCCGCUGGGGGAACUUCAGCACGGGGGAUUGCUUCAUCCUGGCCUCCGACUACCUGAACGCCCUGGUUCACCUCAUCGAGAUCGGCAACGGCCUGGUGACCUUCCAGCUGCGAGGGCUGGAGUUCAGAGGAACGUACUGCCAGCAGCGGGAGGUGGAGGCCAUCACCGAAGGCGUAGAGGAGGAUGAGGGCUGCUGCUGCUGCGAGCCGGGCCAUCUCCCCCACAUCCUGUCCUUCAACGCGGCCUUCGGCCAGCGCUGGCUGGCCUGGGAGGUGCUGGUCACCAAAUACGUCCUGGAGGGCUACAGCAUCACCGACAACAGCGCCGCAUCCAUGCUGCAGGUGUUCGACCUGCGCCGCAUCCUCACCACCUACUACGUCAAGGGCAUCAUCUAUUACGUGAUCGCCUCGCCCAAACUGGAGGAGUGGCUGGCAAACGAGACCAUGAAGGACGGCCUGCGGGGAUGUGGGGAGAGGAACUACGUGGACCUGGACCCCACCUUCAACCCGAACAUCGACGAGGACUACGACCACCGGCUCGCAGGCAUCUCCAGAGACAGCUUCUGCGGAGUCUAUCUGGGCUGGAUCCAGUACUGCAACUCGAGAAGGGCCAAGCCUCUGGAGAGCGAGAAAGACUCGGCUCUGGUGCUGCUCUGCUUCGGUCUGUGUGUUCUGGGAAGACGAGCUCUGGGAACAGCAGCUCAUCACAUGUCCAGUAACCUGGAGUCGUUCCUCUAUGGGCUUCACGCGCUGUUUAAGGGAGAUUUCCGGAUCUCUUCAAUACGAGACGAGUGGAUCUUCGCAGACAUGGAGCUGCUCAGGAAGGUGGUGGUUCCCGGGAUCCGAAUGUCCCUCAAACUCCACCAGGAUCACUUCACGUCCCCCGACGAGUACGACGAGCCGGCGGUCCUGUUCGAGGCCAUCUCCUCCCACCAGCAGAACCUGGUCAUCGCGCACGAGGGCGACCCGGCCUGGAGGAGCGCCGUGCUGUCCAACGCCCCGUCGCUGCUCGCGCUGCGCCACGUCCUGGACGAAGGCACCAACGAGUACAAGAUCAUCAUGCUCAAUCGCAGAUACCUCAGCUUCAGGGUCAUCAAGGUGAAUAAAGAGUGUGUCCGAGGCCUUUGGGCAGGGCAGCAGCAGGAGCUGGUGUUCCUGAGGAACCGGAACCCGGAGCGCGGCAGCAUCCAGAACGCCAAGCAGGCUCUGCGCAACAUGAUCAACUCGUCCUGCGACCAGCCCAUCGGGUACCCCAUCUACGUCUCGCCGCUGACCACCUCCUACUGCAACUCGCACCCGCAGCUCGGACACAUCCUGGGAGGCCCCAUCAGCGUCGGCAACAUCCGCAACUUCGUGGUCAGCACCUGGCACAGGUUACGGAAAGGCUGCGGCGCCGGCUGCAACAGCGGAGGGAACAUCGAGGAUCCCGACGCCGGCGGUUUGUCGUGCGGCAGCGGGAACGGCAACGGGGGAGACUCUCAGCAGAGCUCGAUGUCGCACGGCGGCACGUCCGGACCGGCGCCGCCUCAUUCGUAUCAGCCGCACGCUCUGGGCACCAGCCAGAGCUCCCACUCCGUUCAGUCGGGCCUGGUGCGCCACUCGCCGGCCCGGGCGUCGGUGGCCAGCCAGUCCUCGUCGUACCGCUACAGCAGCAGCCGCCACUCGUCCCUGCGCACGUCCACCACGGGCCUGGAGCCGUGCCGCCGCUCCUCCACCAGCCAGCUGUCCCUGCGCACGCUGCCCACGUCGCUGCAGCUGCGGCUGGGCUCGACGACCUCCGACCCCGCCGGGCCCUCCGCCUCCCUCUCCAGCCACAGCAUCCCCCCCUGCAAGCGCCACACGCUGGUGGGCCUCCUGGGAAACGACGGCCUGUGCGGCGCCGUGACCGACCCCCUCGGCCAGCACCACCACCACCACCACUACCCGCAGCAGCACAACCCCGCCGUGUCCACCGCACGGAGGGACGACAUCUCCUACAGAGUGCAGAUCGUGGACGUGAGUCAGGUGCUGGAGAAUAUCAACCUGUCGAAGCGGAAAGAGCUGCAGUGGCCUGACGAGACGGCGCGACUGAGGGCAGGACGGACCUGCUGGAGGGAGUGGAGCCCUCUGGAGGGCAUGGAGGGACAUGUGAUUCACCGGUGGGUGCCUUGUAGCCGAGACGCAGCCAAUCGCUCCCAUAUCGACAAGACCAUCCUGCUGGUACAGGUGGACGAUAAGCUAGUGCCCAUCAUUGAGACUGGGGUCAUUGAACUGGGCGCCGAGGUUUGACCGAAAGGAAGCACACACACAUGCAGACACACACACGUGUAUACACGCGCCCGGGCCUGUGUGCAGACGAAGCCAGCGGCUCGGACAGCCAGGAAGCGGGAGCUCUCCCCCCUCCCCCGUUCCUGCUCGCUGAGGGGGAGAGGAAGCCAGGGAA